CAUACUAUAUGCAAUCACUUAUUCAGUAAACUUACAACAAUGAGCUUUAAAAACAAAGUGGUAUUAGUUACGGGAGCCAGUUCAGGGAUUGGAGCCGCUAUAGCUUCAAAAUUCGCGGAAGAAGGAGCCUCCGUGAUCAUUGUAGGUCGAAACGAAACGAAACUAAAAGAAGUUGAAGCAAAAUGUCAACGAAAUGGAGCAAAAGUCUUAAUGCUCAUUGCUGAUGUAACUAAAGACAAUGACGUCGUAAAAAUGAUGCGUGUCGCCAUUACAUGGUCGGGUCAUUGGGGAAUAGAUAUACUGAUCAACAAUGCAGGUAUUGCUGAAACAGCUGAUAUCUGGGAUGAGAAUGCGAUGGAGGUUUACGAGCGCGUCAUUGCUACUAAUCUACGUUCAGUGGUCUUCUUAACGCAUCUGGCAGUUCCAUACCUGACUAAAAAUAAAGGUAACAUCAUCAAUAUUUCUAGUAUCGGAUCGUUUGCGCCUCUAUCAACAGGAUACUUCGCUUACUGUGCAUCAAAAGCAGGCUUAGACAAUUUUUCCAGGGCUAUAGCAUUGGACCUAGCUACCAAGGGUGUAAGAGUGAAUACUGUGAAUCCUGGGCCCGUACGAACUGAUGGAUUCCAAACUGUUGGUGAAGAAGAAUUGAACAAGUUUGGGGCAAUGACGGCACUUGGCAGGAUAUCAGAGCCUGAUGAAAUCGCUGAUUUGGUACUGUUUUUGGCCAGUGACAAAGCAAAGGCUAUAACUGGAUCAUCUUUUGUAUCCGACAAUGGGACCCUUUUAAAGCGAAACUAAAAAGUGUGAAAAUAACUUUCAAGCGUUCUAUGUUUGCAUUUAAUAUUAUUGGUAUGUAUUUAA